CACAACACCACUAUAAUCUUAUAAACAUUCUCUAUUUCUCAAAACCUCACCCAAACAUUCCCUCUCUCUCUCUAUUUUCUUGUCUCUCCAACCGGCAGAGCCAUCUUUUCUUCUUACAUACAAUCAAGAAAAUCGAUCAAAAUCCCGGGGCACGGGGCACCGGAGAAAGGAUGGCGUCGGUCUGUAUAUCGAGCUGCGUGGACGACGCCCGCGUUCCGGUGAGAGCAACCUACGUGAACCUGUACAAAUGGCCGGAAUCCGACUUCGAGUUCGUUAGGUCGAUGAGCUCCAAAUCCCACAACUCGAGUCACGGCCGCCCCAGAGUGGUGGACAGCAUCUCAUGCAGGCAAAUGUAUUUGAGAAGCUACACGUUUUCGAGGGAGGAAGACUACAAAGAGGAGAAGGCCAAGGUCAAGUGCCUCGGCAGAGCCAAAGACAAGACCAAGAAGAAGCCGGCCGCAGGCCUCAAGAAGGCCAAGUCCGCCUCGUGCUCCGCCUUGACCUAUAUUUUCCGGCGGCUGCUCUCUUGCACCACCGAGAUUGAUGUUGCUAAUUAAGUUGACUAAUCUUUUUCUUUUUCUUCUAAAUUUGUUGCUUUCUUUUCUUUUUAUUUUUAGUUUUGUUUUUAAAGUAUAUGUUAAUAAUUAUAUAUUUAUGUAUGCUUAUUUUUCAUAGAAUUUACUCUCUCUUGUUUUGAUGGGAUAUAUAAUGUGCUCUUGUACGGAGAUAAUGGGCGGAUGAUUUCUUAUAAUUUGGUUUUGUCUUGUACUA